ACCAUGUUGGCCGGGAUGGUCUUGAUCUCUUGACCUCGUGUUCUUCCGCCCACCUUGGCCUCCCAAAGUGCUGGGAUUACAGGCAUGAGCCACCACACCCGGCCAACUCCUCCCUGUUUUCCAGCAGAGGACUUAGGGCCUGACCCAAUGUCCGGUGGUACUGCUUUGGUUUCUCCAGUGUGACAAGCCUGACUGAAGGAGAGCAGGUGGCUGGUCACCAGCACCCUCCGGCUAACUCUCACCUGCCCACUCGUAUAUGACCUCAGUAGUUGAUGUGGAAGUACUCAUGUUUAUACUCACGGAUCCUGGUGUGGAUAAGACGGAGACUUGCUCUGUCGCCCAGGCUGGAGUGCGUGGCACAAUCUCAGCUUACUGCAACCUCCGCCUCCCAGGUUCAAGCAAUUCUCCUGCCUCAGCCUCCGAGGGAUCUAUUCCAAGUGGCAAUUGUGGAUGCCUGACAUGGUUAAUUAACAAGAAACCAAUUUUUCAGAGGCCAAGAGUCCCAACAGGGCCAAGAAUCUGGCUGCUUGCCUAUGGCUCUGCAGGUGGCAUGACAAAUAAGGGCAUAGGUUUAUGGGUUAACUGAUUUACCGCAGGGACCAGAGAUCAUAGAUGGUGAAGUUAACUAAGGGCCUCCAAAUCCGUGUCCUUUGUGCCAACAGGUGUGCCAGGCUGCUCACAAGACACCAUGAUAUGAGAAAGGAUUCCUCUUAGUCACCCGGACACCAGGUUUAUGGCUGUGUCGCAGCAAAGUUGGGUGUGAUUUAUUAUUUUCUUUAUGAACUUUAUUAUAUAGGUCCUGGAGUCCUCAAAACACGCAGGUGGAAGUCAGGGAGUAGGAGCCAUCAAAAUUCGACCCUGGUGGGACUCGAACCCACAACCUUUGAGUGACCACACCAGAGCUCAAGCUAGAAGUCCAAUGCCCUAUCCAUUGCGCCACAGAGCCGGCUGCGGAGUGCAACCGCCCCGCUCACCUCUGCCUGAAAUCGCCGCUUUAGCGAGCUUCUAGGGGCUGCUAAUGCUCCUCGCGCUCCCUACUCUGCUGCAACCGGGCCGCAUCUGGACGGGGCGUCGCGCGGCGGAGCCGACGCCAGAACAGGAAAACCCGGAGAAAAACAGCCCCAUCAGAUGUCCCCUUGAGCAAGUCCUCAAAGAUCCAGGAAUAGAAUCCAAGAGUCCUAGCUUAGCCCAGCCCCUGAAGCACAGCCACAAUGCUGCUUGGAGCCUCUCUAGUGGGGGUGCUGCUGUUCUCCAAGCUGGUGCUGAAACUGCCCUGGACCCAGGUGGGAUUUUCCCUGCUGUUCCUCUACUUGGGAUCUGGAGGCUGGCGCUUCAUCCGGGUCUUCAUCAAAACCAUCAGGCGCGAUAUUUUUGGCGGCUUAGUGCUCCUGAAGGUGAAGGCGAAGGUGCGACAGUGCCUGCGGGAACGGCGGACGGUGCCCAUUUUGUUUGCCUCUACCGUUCGGCGCCACCCCGACAAGACGGCCCUGAUCUUCGAGGGCACAGAUACCCACUGGACCUUCCGCCAGCUGGAUGAGUACUCGAGCAGUGUAGCCAACUUCCUGCAGGCCCGGGGCCUGGCCUCGGGGGAUGUGGCUGCCAUCUUCAUGGAGAACCGCAAUGAGUUCGUGGGCCUAUGGCUGGGCAUGGCCAAGCUCGGUGUGGAGGCGGCCCUCAUCAACACCAACCUGCGGCGGGAUGCCCUGCUCCACUGCCUCACCACCUCACGUGCACGGGCCCUUGUCUUUGGCAGCGAAAUGGCCUCAGCCAUCUGUGAGAUCCAUGCCAGCCUGGACCCCUCGCUCAGCCUCUUCUGCUCUGGCUCCUGGGAGCCCAAUGCGGUGCCUACAAGCACAGAACACCUGGACCCUCUGCUGGAAGAUGCUCCCAAGCACCUGCCCAGUUGCCCUGACAAGGGCUUCACAGAUAAACUGUUCUACAUCUACACAUCGGGCACCACAGGGCUGCCCAAGGCCGCCAUCGUGGUGCACAGCAGGUAUUACCGCAUGGCUGCCCUGGUGUACUAUGGAUUCCGCAUGCGGCCCAAUGACAUCAUCUAUGACUGCCUCCCCCUCUACCACUCAGCAGGAAACAUCGUGGGAAUCGGGCAGUGCCUGCUGCAUGGCAUGACGGUGGUGAUUCGGAAGAAGUUCUCAGCCUCCCGGUUCUGGGAUGAUUGUAUCAAGUACAAAUGCACGAUUGUGCAGUACAUUGGUGAACUGUGCCGCUACCUCCUGAACCAGCCACCGCGGGAGGCAGAAAACCAGCACCAGGUUCGCAUGGCACUAGGCAACGGCCUCCGGCAGUCCAUCUGGACCAACUUCUCCAGCCGCUUCCACAUACCCCAGGUGGCUGAGUUCUAUGGGGCCACGGAGUGCAACUGUAGCCUGGGCAACUUCGACAGCCAGGUGGGGGCCUGUGGCUUCAACAGCCGCAUCCUGUCCUUCGUGUACCCCAUCCGGUUGGUACGUGUCAACGAGGACACCAUGGAGCUGAUCCGGGGGCCCGAUGGCAUCUGCAUUCCCUGCCAGCCAGGUGAGCCAGGCCAGCUGGUGGGCCGCAUCAUCCAGAAAGACCCCCUGCGCCGCUUCGAUGGCUACCUCAACCAGGGCGCCAACAACAAGAAGAUUGCCAAGGAUGUCUUCAAGAAGGGGGACCAGGCCUACCUUACUGGUGAUGUGCUGGUGAUGGACGAGCUGGGCUACCUGUACUUCCGAGACCGCACUGGGGACACGUUCCGCUGGAAAGGUGAGAACGUGUCCACCACCGAGGUGGAAGGCACACUCAGCCGCCUGCUGGACAUGGCUGACGUGGCCGUGUAUGGUGUCGAGGUGCCAGGAACCGAGGGCCGGGCCGGAAUGGCUGCCGUGGCCAGCCCCACUGGCAACUGUGACCUGGAGCGCUUUGCUCAGGACUUGGAGAAGGAACUGCCCCUGUAUGCGCGCCCCAUCUUCCUGCGCAUCCUGCCUGAGCUGCACAAAACAGGGACCUACAAGUUGCAGAAGACAGAGCUACGGAAGGAGGGCUUUGACCCGGCUAUCGUGAAAGACCCGCUGUUCUAUCUAGAUGCCCGGAAGGGCCGCUACGUCCCAUUGGACCAAGAGGCCUACAGCCGCAUCCAGGCAGGCGAGGAGAAGCUGUGAUUCCCCCCAUCCCUCUGAGGGCCGGUGGAUGCUGGAUCCGGAGCCCCAGGUUCCGCCCCAGAGGGGUCCCGGACAAGGCCAGACCAAAGCAAGCGGGGCCUGGCACCUCCAUCCUGAGGUGUUGCCCCCUCCAUCCAAAACUGCCAAGUGACUCACUGCCUCCCCAACCUUUCCAGAGGCUUUCUGUGAAAGUCUCAUGUCCAAGUUAACGUCUUCUGGGCAGGGCAGGCCCUCUGAUUCCCAGGCUGAGACUGACGGGUCUUCUCAGGAUGAUGUCUUGGGUCAGGGUAGGGAGAGGACAAGGGGUCACCAAGCCCUUCCUAGAAAGCAGGGAGCUUAUAAAUGGAACCAGGGUAGAAGUCCCCAGACUCAGGAAGUCAACAGAGUGGUCAAGGACAGUGGUCACAUCCAUCCGGUGGCCAAAGAGAAUUGUAGCCCCAGAGCUGCCCAAGUUCACUGGGCUCCACCCCCACCUCCAGGAGGGGAGGAGAGGACCGGACAUCUAUAGGUGGCCCCUGAUGCCCAUCUACAGUAGGAGGUCAGGACCGCGCUCCUGGUCUCUCCCCACUCCCCAUCCUCCUCCCUGGAUGGCUGCCUGGCUGUCCCUCAGGCAUAGCUUUUCAGUCCUUACGGGUCUAUGUCACCUCCAUGUCAGUCUUGGCCUGGCUAUGAGAGAAGGAGGAAUGGGGGAGGGGGCUCAGGGGCCAAUAAAUUCUGCCUUGAGUCCUCCUA